AGCUGCCCUCCAGACCGCCCCACUGGGCAUGGACACCCAUUCCCACAUCUGGAGGCACAUGGUCAAUAGUGGACUCACCCAGUCCCGAACCUGCUAAGGACAUCUCAGGGACGUGAGCGCUGAGACGGGAAGGCUGCGCCCGAGGGCCGCCACAGAACCAUGCCUUUCGGUCUGAAACUCCGCCGAACACGGCGCUACAACGUUCUCAGCAAGAACUGCUUUGUCACCCGGAUCCGCCUGUUGGACAGCAAUGUCAUUGAGUGCACGCUGUCCGUGGAGAGCACGGGCCAGGAGUGCCUGGAGGCUGUGGCGCAGAGGCUGGAGCUGCGGGAGACACACUACUUUGGCCUUUGGUUUCUCAGCAAGAGCCAGCAAGCACGAUGGGUGGAGUUAGAGAAGCCUCUUAAGAAACAUCUGGACAAAUUCGCUAAUGAGCCUCUGCUUUUCUUUGGAGUCAUGUUCUAUGUGCCAAAUGUGUCCUGGCUGCAGCAGGAGGCCACGAGAUAUCAGUAUUACCUGCAAGUCAAAAAAGAUGUGCUUGAAGGACGGCUGCGGUGUACAGUGGAACAGGUGAUUCGGCUUGCUGGCUUAGCGGUUCAAGCUGAUUUUGGAGAUUAUAAUCAGUUUGAUUCUCAAGAUUUCCUGAGAGAAUAUGUGCUUUUUCCUAUGGAUUUAGCCCUGGAAGAGGCUGUGCUGGAAGAACUGACACAGAAGGUAGCGCAAGAGCACAAAGCCCACAGUGGAAUCCCGCCAGCAGAAGCUGAACUUAUGUACAUCAAUGAAGUGGAACGUUUGGAUGGGUUUGGACAGGAAAGCUUCCCUGUGAAGGACAAUCAUGGAAACGGAGUUCACCUUGGUAUUUUCUUUAUGGGGAUUUUCGUGAGGAACAGAAUUGGAAGACAAGCAGUCAUAUAUAGGUGGAAUGAUCUCGGGAACAUCAGCCAUAACAAGUCCACCAUCCUGGUGGAGUUCAUCAACAAAGAGGAGACUGCCCUCUUCCACACGGACGAUAUUGAAAAUGCCAAAUAUAUUUCUCGGCUGUUUGCUCUGCGACACAAGUUUUACAAACAAAACAAAAUCUGCACUGAACAAUCAAAUUCUCCACCCCCCAUCAGACGCCAGCCCACCUGGAGUCGUUCCUCCCUGCCCAGACAGCAGCCGUACAUCUUGCCACCCAUGCAUGUCCAGUGCGGUGAACACUACUCGGAAACUCACACCUCACAAGACAGCAUUUUCCUUGGGAAUGAGGAAGCCUUAUAUUCCAACUCUCACAACAGCCUGGACUUAAAUUAUGUGAAUGGCACCGUUACCAAUGGCAGCGUGUGUAGCGUUCACAGCAUAAACUCCCUCAGCUGCUCCCAAAGUUUCAUCCAGGCUUCUCCUGUGUCCUCCAACCUCAGUAUUCCUGGGAGUGACAUCAUGCGGGCCGACUACAUCCCUAGCCACCGGCACAGUGCAAUCAUCGUCCCGUCUUACCGACCCACCCCCGAUUAUGAGACAGUCAUGCGGCAGAUGAAGAGGGGGAUCAUGCACACAGACAGUCAGAGCCAGUCUCUGAGAAACCUCAACAUCAUCAACACACAUGCCUACAACCAGCCAGAGGACUUGGUGUACAGCCAGCCCGAGAUGCGGGAGAGACACCCCUACACCGUCCCCUACGGGCCAAAAGGGGGCUACAGAAAUAAACUUGUCAGUACGUGUGAGCACAUCAACCCAAAGAAUCAUAUGGUGCGGAGCAAGCCUGGGGCCAGUGCCAUCUCUCACACGGUGAGCACCCCCGAGCUGGCCAACAUGCAGCUUCAAGGCAGCCACAACUACAACGCGGCCCAUAUGCUCAAGAACUAUCUUUUCAGGCCCCCACCCCCCUACCCGCAGCCCCGCCCAGCCACCAGCACCCCGGACCUGGCCAGCCACCGCCACAAGUACGUCAGUGGCAGCAGCCCGGACCUGGUGACCCGCAAGGUGCAGCUGUCAGUGAAGACCUUCCAAGAGGACAGCUCACCUGUGGUGCAUCAGUCCCUGCAGGAGGUCAGCGAGCCCCUCACGGCCACCAAGCACCCGGGCACGGUGAACAAGCGCCACAGCCUGGAGGUGAUGAACAACAUGGUACGCGGGAUGGAGGCAAUGACGCUCAAGUCCCUCAACAUCCCCAUGGCUCGCCGCAACACCCUACGGGAGCAGGCCCCGCCGGAGGAGGGCCCGGGGGCGCACGAGGUCCACCAGCUUCCUCAGUAUCACCACAAGAAAACGUUCUCCGACGCCACCAUGCUGAUCCACAGCAGUGAGAGUGAGGAGGAGGAGGAGGCUCCAGAGGCUGUGGCGCAGAUCCCCGUGCUGCGGGAGAAGAUGGACUACAGCGCCCAGCUGCAGGCAGCCUUGGCCCGCAUCCCCAACAAGCCCCCGCCCGAGUACCCUGGCCCCAGGAAGAGUGUGAGCAAUGGGGCACUGAGGCAGGACCAGCAGGUGAACCUCCCUCCGGCUGUCGCCAGAGCCAGGGUGCUGAGGCACGGGCCGGCCAAAGCAGUCAGCGUCUCCCGGGCUGAUCAGCUGGCUGUCAACGGGGCCUCCCUUGGCCCUUCCAUCUCGGAGCCCGACCUGACAAGCGUGAAGGAGCGGGUCAAAAAAGAGCCUGUGAAAGAGAGACCCGUGUCGGAGAUGUUCUCCCUGGAGGACAGCAUUAUAGAGAGAGAGAUGAUGAUCAGGAAUCUAGAGAAGCAAAAGAUGGCAGGCCUGGAGGCGCAGAAAAGGCCCCUGAUGUUGGCAGCACUCAACGGGCUCUCAGUAGCUCGGGUUGCUGGGCGUGAAGAGAGUCGAGUUGAAGCCGCCCGAGUUCACAUCGACGAGAGGUUCAGAACCUUGAAGAAGAAGUUGGAAGAGGGAAUGGUGUUCACGGAGUAUGAACAGAUUCCAAAGAAAAAGGCUAAUGGCAUUUUUAGCACGGCAGCUCUCCCAGAAAAUGCCGAGCGAAACCGGAUCCGAGAGGUUGUCCCCUAUGAGGAGAAUCGAGUGGAGCUGAUCCCAACCAAAGAAAAUAACACUGGUUACAUCAAUGCCUCACAUAUCAAGGUGGUAGUUGGUGGGGCCGAAUGGCACUACAUCGCCACUCAGGGGCCCCUGCCACACACUUGCCAUGACUUCUGGCAGAUGGUGUGGGAGCAAGGGGCCAAUGUGAUCGCCAUUGUCACCGCAGAGGAGGAGGGCGGCAGAACCAAGAGUCACCGAUACUGGCCCAAGCUGGGUUCCAAGCACAGCUCAGCCACCUAUGGCAAGUUCAAGGUCACCACAAAGUUCCGAACAGAUUCUGGUUGCUAUGCAACCACGGGCUUGAAGGUCAAGCACCUUUUGUCUGGGCAGGAAAAGACAGUGUGGCAUUUGCAAUAUACAGAUUGGCCGGAUCAUGGCUGCCCAGAGGAUGUCCAAGGAUUCUUGUCCUACUUGGAAGAGAUCCAGUCAGUCCGUCGCCAUACCAACAGCAUGCUGGAAGGCACCAAGAGCCGGCACCCUCCCAUCGUCGUCCACUGCAGUGCUGGGGUGGGCAGGACGGGCGUGGUCAUCCUCUCAGAGUUGAUGAUCUACUGUCUGGAGCAUAAUGAAAAGGUGGAAGUGCCCAUGAUGCUGAGGCUCCUCAGGGAGCAGAGGAUGUUCAUGAUCCAGACCAUCGCUCAGUACAAAUUUGUCUACCAGGUCCUCAUCCAGUUCCUGCAGAACUCCAGACUCAUUUAAUCCCCACAGCCCAGCUCCUGGGAGAGGGAGCCCGCUCAUCUUGCUGAUGGGGAGGCCCUUCCAGACGACAUCUGCUCCCCAGCCGGCAGCAGGCAGGCCCCGGGCCCUCCCAAGAUGGGGAGCCAAGAGUCUUCAUCGACAUCAUGUAUUAUUUUAUAUGAGAUA